ACCUUCCCCCCCCCCCCCCAUCCCCAUCCCCCGAUGCUCUCCGAUGCGGUUGCACCGCCGGGGAGCAGAGGAGGAGGAGGAGGAGGAGGAGGAGGAGGAGGAAGGCCGGUGGGACAGACGGACAGCCGGACAGAGCCGGGCGCGCAGCGAGCUCCGGCUGCGCGAGAGGAGGCUCAGAGGAUCCCCUGCUGACUUGAGCGAGAGGCAGGCGGAGGCGCAGGCGGCUCCUGCAGGAUCUCCUCGCCCCUCUCCCCGCCGGGCUCCGGAGCCAUGAGCAGCGCCGUGGUCCUCGCCCACCUCCCAGACCCCAGCAGCAGCUUCAGGGAAGACGCCCCCCGGCCCCCUGUCCCGGGGGAGGAAGGAGAGGCACCAUGCCCGCAGCCCCCCAGCUCCUUCCUCGGGAAAAGCCAAAGCUUCAAGGCCAUGCCGGUGCCUCCUGCCCCGAGGAGGAAUGAGAACGGGCUCGGGGAGCCGGAAGGCAGCGCGUCUCCAGACUCCCCUCUGGCCAGAUGGACCAAAUCCUUGCAUUCCUUGUUGGGAGAUCAAGAUGGUGCCUAUCUUUUUCGGACCUUCUUGGAAAGGGAAAAAUGCGUGGAUACCUUAGACUUCUGGUUUGCCUGCAAUGGCUUCAGGCAGAUGGACCUUAAGGAUACCAAAACUUUAAGAGUAGCCAAAGCUAUAUACAAAAGGUACAUCGAGAACAACAGCAUUGUCUCCAAGCAGCUCAAGCCUGCUACCAAGACCUACAUAAGGGAUAGCAUCAAGAAGCAGCAGAUAGAUUCUAUAAUGUUUGAUCAGGCACAGACUGAGAUUCAGACUGUGAUGGAGGAAAAUGCUUACCAGAUGUUUUUAACUUCUGAUAUAUACCUCGAAUAUGUAAGGAGUGGAGGAGAGAAUCCUGCUUACAUCAACAGCAACGGACUGGGGAGCUUAAAAGUUGUCUGUGGCUAUCUCCCGACCUUGAAUGAAGAAGAGGAAUGGAGCUGUGCAGACUUUAAAAACAAAAUCCUGCCUUCGGUGGUUGGACUAUCCAGCAAGACGUUGAGGGUUACAGCGAACGUCAGAGCUACGGAAACCAUCGAGAGCGGCUACAGGUCCUUCAAGAGGAACGACCCCGUUAACCCCUACCAUGUGAAUUCCGGCUAUGUCUUUGCCCCCGCAACGAGCGCAAACGACAGCGAAAUAUCCAGUGAUGCCCUGACGGACGACUCCAUGUCGAUGACGGACAGCAGCGUAGAUGGGAUCCCCCCGUACAGAAUUGGGAGCAAGAAGCAGCUCCAGAGGGAGAUGCAUCGGAGCGUUAAGGCCAACGGUCAAGUUUCUCUACCUCAUUUUCCGAGGACCCACCGGCUGCCCAAGGAGAUGACCCCGGUGGAGCCGGCUGCCUUCGCUGCGGAGCUCAUUUCCCGGCUGGAGAAGCUGAAGCAGGAGCAGGAAACCAUGGACAGUCUGGAGGAGAGGCUGCAGCAAAUCAAGGAGGACGAGGAGAAGGAGGGCUCGGAGCUCCCUGCCAGCCUGCAGAGCAGUCGGGAGGUGGCGAACCCCCAGCACCCGCAGCACCCGCUCUCGCUCCUGCCGUCUGGCAGCUACGAGGAGGACCCCCAGGCCAUCCUGGAUGAGCACCUCUCCCGCGUGCUGAAGACCCCCGGCUGCCAGUCCCCCGGCAUGGGCCGGCACAGCCCCCGCGCCCGCUCCCCCGAUCGCCUGCCAGGAGGCAAACUGCAGCCUGGCGUGGCCUCGCCGGCCGCCUGCACCCUCCUGGGUAAGGGAUUUAUCACCAAGCAGACCACCAAGCACGUCCACCACCACUACAUCCACCACCACGCCGUACCCAAGACGAAGGAGCAGAUCGAGGCGGAGGCGGCUCAGCGGGCGCAGUGCUGCUGCCCAGCCGGCAGCGACUACUACUGCUUCUCCAAGUGCAAGGGCCACCUGAAAGGCACGGACCCACCUCUCCCUCCGCUGGAGCCCUUCGGCAGGACAGGCACGCUGACCAAGAGGCCGGGUAGAGGAGUGGAGAGCAUCGCCCUGCCGGCUGGGGACGGGGGGCUGCCCGGCCCCGGAGGGGUGCAGCUACCUGGCGGGGAGGCGGACAGGGCGCAGAACGUCUGGCAGUGGAUGCUGGAGAGUGAGAGACAAAAUAAGCACAAGCCCCAUAGCACACAAAGCACAAAGAAGGCCUACAGCUCCGACUUCGCCAAGGGGGCCCCCAGCGAGCGCCCCGGCCGCCACCACCCCUGGGGGACCGGCAGCCACCCGCGGGGGGUGCAGCCCGCCCACCCCUUCGUCCAGGACCCCACCAUGCCCCCGCUCACGCCGCCCAACACCCUCGCCCAGUUGGAGGAAGCGUGUCGCCGGCUCGCCGAAGUCUCCAAGCCUCAGAAGCAACGAUGUUCAACCUCAAAUCAGCAGAGGGAUCGAAACCACUCAGCUGCUGUUCAGGGGGGAAACACCCCUUUUUGCAAUGCAAGUCUAACGACAGAAGAUCACAAAGAGCCAAAGAAACUCCCGGUUGUUCACACCUCUCAGUCUAGUGAGUUGGUUGUCACCUAUUUUUUUUGCGGAGAAGAAAUUCCCUACAGGAGAAUGUUAAAGGCCCAGAGCCUGACACUUGGGCACUUUAAAGAGCAGCUGAGCAAAAAGGGAAAUUAUAGAUACUACUUCAAAAAAGCAAGCGACGAGUUUGACUGUGGUGCAGUGUUUGAAGAGAUUUGGGAAGAUGAAACAAUUCUGCCCAUGUACGAAGGAAGGAUUCUUGGGAAAGUAGAAAGGAUCGAUUGAUGGCAUCUGUGUUUCUUAAGAAAAUUUAAGCUAGAAAAGUCUUUGGACACACAACAGUAGUGAUGACAAGGAAAAAAAAAAAAACUCUGAAGGAAAGUUUUGAACCAAUGAAGAAAAAAAAAGUGAAGUCUCUGAAGACUUUGCUGAAUUAGCCUUAGAGGAAAAAAAUGGCAUUUAUUAUUCAUGAGUUGGGUACUGAGAUGAUAAAAACCCUGAACUAUUUAUUAAAAACAUGACCACUGUUGGCUAUUGGAGAUGCAGACUGUGUUUGAGAGACUUCCAUACAUAAUAUAUGAUUUCCUGGGGAUCUGAAAUCUAUGGACUAAGAGAAACUAUGUAUAGCUUACCUUAACAGUAAUCCUUAUUGAUAUUUAUUGAACAGUCUGUUUUCCCUUAAGUCCAGUUUUUGGAUAUGCUGCUUUAACAAUGGAGAAGAGAGGGGCUGGGAAGUGGGGUGAUGGGAGGAAGGAUUAUUUUAUUUUUUUAUAUUGUUCCCACUAUCUAGAAUUCAGGAGUAUGGCCAGGAGCGCAUUCACGACUUUUUUUUUGAAGGGGGAGGAGGGAAGGACCGAUGUUGUGCCCAAUAUUUCUCCAAGUGAAGAUAAAACUUUUCUAAAGGAAUAAUAAUAAUAAUAAUAAAAAAGAAAUAAAAAUACUGUCCUACCAUCCAUCUAGAGACCGGUGCAUUUUAAUCUAUGCUGCUCUAAUUUGAAAUAAAGGUCUUAAGCAUGAAAUACGUUAGAUGCAAUAUAACACCACCAACUUGCUAUUUCGUCCAUGGAUUUCUGUGGUGUGAGGUUUUUGCUUUGCUGCUGUCAGUGUUGAGGGGGCCGUGUGGUGUCCAGCGCCUGUCUCAGUCGAGGUGAGCUAGAGCAAAACCCAAGUGUGGAAGAGCUGUAGAAGGAGCCAUCCAGUUCCCAUUUCCAGACGUAACACCCCAAAAGGACACAUUGCAAAAGCCAGGUUAAAAACCCUGCAUGUAUCCCACACAGCUAGCUAAUUUCUUAGCCACUCUACUUCAAUGUUAGCACAACUUCUAUUUAAACGCCAUGUAACUAUGACGAGGAGUAUUUUCAGAUCGUUGUGGAGCGUGUGAUUCGUUGUGUGGUGGUUUUUGGUGGUGGUUUUUUGCGUUUUUUUUUUUUUUUUUUGCCUUACCCUCACGACACCCAUUGAUGCCAAUGGGAGGUGUUAGCCCAGGCUCUCUGCAGCCCUUUGGGAAGCUUCACGUGUGCGUGCGUGUGCGUGGGUGUUAGGACAGCGCGACCCUUUCCCGAGGAAGCCCUUGCAUUUCUACAGUUGGGUUUUGUGUUGAUUAAGUUAAUCUGUGCAUUCUGUUUGCCAUUGCUACUUCGUGUAAGUCUGUAUAUAUUGUAGAAAAUGUAUGGUGGAAAUAUUAAUACACUAUCUCUAGUGUUGUUAAAAUUUAAUCAGUACAGUACCUGUGCCUGCAUGGUGUUACUAGGCCAUGCGUCGCCCUAUAUUCAGGGUUCAAGCUUUCCCUUGUUUGUUUAAGGGGUUUAUGUAUAAAUAUAUUUUAUGCCUUUUAUUACAAGUCCUGUACUCAUGACUUUUGCCAUGGCAUUUUGUUCUACUUAUACUGUAAAUUAUGCAUUAUAAAGAGUUUCAUUUAAAAAAAAAAAUUACUUGGUACAAUAAUUAUUGUAAUUAAGAGAUGUAGCCUUUAUUAAAAUUUUAUAUUUUUCAAAUUAA